AUGCCUCAGCAGCAGCAGAGAUCGGCCUUCGCGAUCCAGGAACUGCUGGGUCUGGAUGGCACCGGGAACAGGAACGGGACUGAUCGCGGGUCUCCGCAGGGCUCGCCGCCCGCCGGAGUCUCGGCCGUUUCUUACGCACCGGCCGCGCCGCACCACUCGAAGUUAUGGGACUAUAUGCCCAGCCUAAAUCAUCUAGGCAAUCUGGGAAAUCUGGGAAAUCUGGGGAAUCUGGGCAAUCUCACGGCUUCGAGGAUGGCCUAUUUGAAUGCGCAGGCGGCUGUGGCGGCCGCUUUUCUACCACCGCCCCACCCCCACCCAGCCCACCAUGUACCGCACCAUCAGGUACAUCAAUCGGGCCAACUUCCGGCUUCGCCGCCCGGCGUCAACUUGCAUCCUGCGGCGCAUGCGCAGCACGUACUUCCUGGCACGGCUGUCACCACGAAUCAUCAUCAACAUAGCCCGACUCAACACACGCCGCCUCAUGGAUUUUCGCAAUCAAAAGGAUCAUUCUCGAACGCAAGUCCAGGUGUCGGACACAACAUAGACUCGGGGAAAGACUUCACGGUAGACGGGCUCUCGGGUUUCAGUAAAAAGAAGAAGAAGAAACGUCGUCAUAGGACGAUCUUCACAUCACAGCAGCUGGAGGCGCUGGAGGCAGCCUUCAAGGAAGCCCAUUAUCCCGACGUCUACGCCCGCGAGAUGUUGAGCUUAAGAACCGAUCUGCCCGAGGACAGGAUACAGGUGUGGUUUCAAAAUCGAAGAGCAAAAUGGCGCAAAACGGAGAAGUGUUGGGGCAGAAGUACCAUAAUGGCAGAGUACGGCUUAUACGGAGCGAUGGUACGACAUUCCUUACCGCUUCCGGAAACGAUUUUAAGAAGCGCUAAGGAAAAUGAAUCUGUUGCGCCAUGGCUGUUAGCUCAGUCGUCUAAGAAAAGCAGCUUUAGUCAAGAUUUCGAAUAUAAUCAAGAACUGAUUGACUGUGGACCUGUAGGGAUGCAUCGGAAGUCGCUUGAGGCAGCGGAACAUCUCAAAUCUGGCGGGGAGGACAGCGGAAACGAUCAGAACGGAAGCGGAAGCAGUCCCCAUCAUAAUCAUCAUCAGGGAGGACCAACCAGUUCGGAGAGCGGACAGGAGAGUCAGGAUGGCAUGGGACCUUCAUCAUCCUCGAACGUCGUACAUCAGGAUACGGAGCAGUUAAGAAACGAAAGUAUCGCUUGUCUGAGGGCGAAAGCGCAGCAGCAUCAGCUGCAGUUGAGCCUGCAACCAACAUCAGCACCACCAAGCGGAUCGUAUCCGUCGGCACCACAGGCUAGCACACUACAUGCCUCGGUUUAAUCACGAUUAUACGAACUUACCCUCUGAUAGUUUCGCGUCCGAUAUUUUCGUUGCUGACGCGAAAGGACAUCGUUCUGCCUAGCGGACUGUCACAAGUGAAUCGGCAGAACGAGUCCAACAAGAGAGAGAGAGAGAGAAAGAGAGAGAAAGAGAGAGAGAGAGAAAAAGAGAGAGAAAGAGAAAAAACCAGUGAUAUUUUUUUAAUAUAUCUCGGCGAGAGAAUAUACCUCCAUUUCGGGGGUGUAAGGAUAAUUCCGGGAUCACACUUCUGAGAUUAAUUUUGCAUUUUGACGAUCGCACGAAUGUCUCGCGACAAGGGAAGAGUUUUUUCCGAUCGUUUCGACAGACACGAUUAUAAACACCGUCACUAACGUUCCUUGCAAUUGUUUUUUGGAUCUCGUGAAUUUUCGCGACAACUUGACAACGUUGCUCGUGACCGCAGACUAAAAAACGCGAAAAUACAAGACGUACAUACAAACACACACAACGAAGCGGCGAAAUCGCGAGAAAGAAAGAGAUCUAACCCACGUUAUCCGUGAUUAUACGGUCGCGUGUUGUAGGUCGGUACACAAAAAAAGAUCCGCGUACAAUUCUCCGCAACGACUUGACGUACAAUGAUGUGAAAGAUGCUUUAACACAAGAGAACGAAAUGCCGCCGGAAACGAUUUACCGCGGAAAUAAAUAAACAAUGAAAUUAAUUGUUAAGCUUAAUCUUCAUCAACGAAAUAGUAGCCUACCAUCGAGCGGUGUAAACAAUGAAUGAAAAAGAUCACUGAUCGAGAGAAGAUGCUAUUCAUUGACGAUCGUGAAAUUUAAAAUCUUCUCUUGGAAGAGGAUUUUUUUUCUCGAAAAGGAUCGUUAGCGAAAAAAAAAAAAAGAAAAAACAGAGCUCGGUUAUUCAGUUUGGUCGAUAAAUUGAAUAGAUCGGCAAGUUGAACGCGAAAUGAAACUACCUAAUUAGGAUAUAAUCGCUUUUAAUAGCGCGAUUGAUACUAAUGUAAAUGUGCGAGUGCGAGUGCAAGUGCGCGUGCGAGCGAAACAAAAAAAAACAAAAAAAAAAAAAAGAACGAGUGAUAAGAAGACUUGAAGAUAGUUUUGUCUUCAAAGCGCCAAAUCUGCAACGAAUGUUGAGCAACGCAAAGAAUAAAAACAGAAAAUAGAAGAAAUCAGAAAUUACAAAAUAUUAUCACAGUAACACAGAGAUUAUUAUACUGGUUCGCAAAUUUUUUUGUCUGUCGCUCUUAUGAAGAAAGAUUAUUUCUACAGAUUUUAAUGCGUAGAAUUCGAAUCUCGUUGUAUCGACGUGGGGGUGGAAGAACAUUCGGAUUUGAUUUCAAAUAGCACAUUAAAAUCUAUAAAAAUUAUUUUUAUUUAUAUUAAAGUGACUUGAAAAUUGUGUGUUUGACCAGUGUUAUUAUAAUAAACACAUCGAAAAACGCAAGCCCGAAGAAUUUGUAUUAUGCAUACAUAAAAAAGCGCCCGUAAGACUUACUAUUUUAAGAAACAUGCAAGCAUCGAAGCUGUGUCGAGUAUUAAAUGUGUAUAUGAGAGAAGGAAGGAUAGCGUGUAUGUGUGCGUAGGUGUGUAAAUCAAAAAAGAAAGAGAGAAUGAAAGAGAGAGAGAGAGAAAGAGAGAGAGAGAGGGAGAGACAUGCAAGUCAAAGAUUUAUUAGUGAAGACUUCCUAUAUCCAAGUACUUAAAGAGAAAAACGUAACUGUUGUCAAAUGUGCAAUAUAUCGAUAUAAGUUCUAGUUCGAUAAGGUAUACUUUAGUAAUGGAUAUAUGAUUGCGCGAGGCGGCCGCGACGCCGGCGUCUCGUCGAGCGAUUGUUAUAAGGACCCUUUGCAAUAUGCAUCUGCCGACAAUUAUAUGAAAAACAAGUAGUUCUCUAAUUAUUUACUUUAUUAAUAUCCUUUACGCUUUUCGUUUAUCCACAAUCUGAAUUCGCUCUCGCGUUGCGCCGUCGUCUCGAGCCGCUCUCGCUCUUGCUGUAUAUAAAAAAUAUAAAUAAAAAAAAACUAUAUAUAUAUUAUACAAAUAAGAAAGAUGACUAAACUUAAAAUGUGGUUGCGAGACACGCGCUGAGCCGAACAAAAAAAGUCUUUUGGUGAAUGUUUGCGAGAAUCUGCGAAAUCUUCGAGCGAAAAAAAAAUAAUGAUAAAAAAUCAGUGUAAUCUUUUCAACUUGUUUCUUUUGUGCUACAUUGUAAACAGUUAUGGUAACGAUUUAUUUUAACCGCUUGUUGUUAGAAAUUUGUUACUUGACGCAAAGUUUAUUAUUCUCACACAUAUGGCUUUAAACGUGCAGCAUAGAGAUAUAUUGUAUAUCUGAUCCUACAGAAAAGGCUCUAAUUUUUAACAGCAAUCUCUAUCUAGGAAGCUAAUUAGUGCGAUAUCGUUUUGCCUAUAAUUAGACUUAAGAUAAGUAAUAUGAAUGAAUUUUUUCCUCCCGAACAACAAUCAGAUUUCGGCUUUCUCUCGCAUCAGAUCUCAACGAAGAUCCGUGGUCGAUCGAUGGUCGAGCAAAGCGUUUCGUCUGGCGUAAAUCCACUAAGUUAUACACACACGUAACGUACGAUAUUAUAAUUUAAAUAAAAGAUUCGAUCAUGGAAAAACGAAGAAACCACAUUCAUUCUCUAGAAAAAGAACAAGUCAGGAUUUAUAAUGGAAAUGACACACAGCUGUUAUUGUAAAGACACUUAAACAACAAGGUUUCGGAUCUGCAGCAAAUCUGUAAUCCGAAAGCUCCAACGCAUGCAUAGU